UGACAUAGAAGACAUUAGCAGUAUAUUCUUUAUCGUGCUCUCCCUCCCUUGUUUGCUCAAUCAAUUGACCAACAUAUACAUUCCCAUCAGCCUCGACGGUACUAUCGCCGUUCACGACGCCUGUUCAUGCAUGUGAGCAUUCUGUCCCACCCGUGCAGACCCAGAACUCACGAUCGUCCAUACUUCAGGCGCGAACGUAUCUUCAUCUUCGACUUCGCGGAUCGCUUUCGACAACCUUCAUUUGAGGUACAGCCUCGCGCUGUUUGGAAAUAACUGUGUACCGGUCACUGUGACUCCUGAUGAUUCCCACGAGCCUUCUGGGUCAUGGCACGCGCCACGCGAUGGGAGGGUAUUCCUCUACCCGCGUCGUAGUACUCGGUCUAGGGAAAAUACUGUUCUUACUCCUGGGGAGUCUGCCAUUCCUUCAUGCAGCACCUCUUCAUACUUCCUCUGUCAGUAUCCUGGAUGAAGUCGAGCCAAAGGAGCCCGAUGACCCAAGUCUGUGGGUCUAUCUCAGUACCGCUAUCGUCCUAGUCCUCCUGGGAGGCGUGUUCGCAGGUCUUACAAUAGCCUUAAUGGGCCAGGAUGAAGUCUACCUACAAGUCAUCGCAGCCUCUGGGGAAGGAAACGAACGGAAGAAUUCCGCCAGAGUGCUUCGGCUGCUAAAGAGGGGGAAACAUUGGGUUCUCGUCACCCUUCUGCUCAGUAAUGUUAUCACGAAUGAGACACUACCAAUUGUACUUGAUAGGUCUCUGGGUGGUGGUUGGCCCGCUGUCGUCGCAAGUACCGUAUUGAUCGUUAUCUUUGGUGAAGUUGUCCCACAAUCCAUUUGUGUCCGCUUUGGUCUUCCCAUUGGAGCUUGGUGCGCUCCAAUGGUGACAGUGCUCAUGUGGAUUAUGUCUCCCGUUGCAUACCCGACCGCGAUGCUCCUCGAUAAAGUCCUAGGCAAAGACCAUGGCACAAUGUACAAAAAGGCGGGACUCAAGACAUUGAUGACGUUGCAUAGAACCCUUGGCACCUCUCCAGAUGAACGCUUGAACCAAGACGAAGUUACAAUCAUCAGCGCUGUUCUAGACUUGAAAGAUAAGUCUGUCGGUACCAUCAUGACGCCGAUGAAUGACGUCUUCACACUGUCUGCAGACACCGUUUUGAACGAGGACAUGAUGGAUACUAUUCUGUCAGCAGGUUACUCACGCAUUCCAAUUUACGCUCCGGACAACCAGAGGAAUUUUGUCGGCAUGCUUCUUGUCAAAAUGCUCAUUACCUAUGAUCCAGAGGACUGCCUGAAAGUUAGGGACUUUGCUCUCGCUACACUGCCCGAGACACGUCCCGAGACUAGCUGUCUAGAUAUCGUCAAUUUCUUCCAAGAGGGCAAGUCACAUAUGGUUCUGGUCUCGGAUUUCCCAGGAGAAUCUUUUGGUGCUCUAGGGGUCGUUACUCUAGAAGACGUCAUCGAAGAGUUAAUUGGAGAGGAAAUCAUCGACGAGUCUGAUGUGUUUAUCGACGUUCACAAGGCCAUCCGUCGCAUGGCUCCUGCACCCCGUUCGAGGGUGCCGAAGGGCGAGGUGGUCAACAAUGAUCUAGAGAACGUAAAGCGUGCUCUCGAGGUACCAGAGUCCCGUGAUGCCUCUACCGAUAGGGAUCCAAGGCAAUCUAGGAAAGGAUCUACAGUCGAAUAUGGACAAAGCCCGAAGACAACGACAUUCCUCAUGCGCAGAAAAAGUAGUGGCACCGAUGCACCAAAUGGACAUGCCACGACGCUACGGACCAGUGAUCAAAAUCAGAUUCGAGAGCAUCUUAAGCAUCUUGGCCCGUCCAAUGCUGCCAGCAAGCCCAAAACUACUCGCUUUUCCGCAGUCAAAAUUAAACCUGGAGUUGGUACUAUUCCCGAGAACCACUCAGCGCCUCAACGGCCAACGACUGUACAUGCAGAUACCGCGCCUCAGGGGGGCUUUGGAGAAGGGCUACUCGCAGGAGGUGGUCGCGAUGCCAGUGAUGGUGUAAUCGCUCUUGCGCAAGGCUACGGGACAUUGACCAGAAGUCCAACCCAAUCUAGGGACGCAGAUAACUCCAAGCCGGACAGCGCCAGUGAUAAUGACAACACCCCACGACCAAAGUAUAAAUACGGUUUAUCAGAAAAUGCGUUCGACAGCACUGAUAAGCUGGUCAUCGAUAGCAAGACGCCCGAAUUACGAAAGUCGGACUCACACAGUACCAUCGGAUCGCUACACUCAAAUGUCUCACAAGAGGAACCGAAAAGACGAAACACUGCGCGCAGUGGCAGUAUCACUGAGAACUUCAUUGAUCACGGAGGCGUCAAGAAGAUGAUACUCGAAACGACGAGUAGCUCGAACAGUGACGACGGCGAUAAUCACGAUGAUAACCAAGCAGGGCCCAGCAAGGACUCCAAGCAUGACCAGAAAGACGGCGCAUCGGCAUCAGAAACGACCACCAAGUCAAAGAAAAAGCGGAAGAAGCGUGUAAACAAGAAAAAGAAAGGCGGCGACAGUGGCAAUGGGAACGAUGACGAUUCAGAGCGAGCGCCGCUACUUCACAAAUAGUCUUGGUACUUCAUACUUUAUAUUUCCCCUCUGUUUGACUAUACACCUAUUUUUUGAGGCCGAGUCGUAGAUUGGAACACUUCGUCCUGAGCGAAGAUCCGGGCGUCAAAAGUCUGCACUUCCAAUGCAUAUCCCGGAGUAAACAUUAUAAAUAAUUCAAAUUACAAUGCGCAUAAAGUCCUGCGCUUCAUAACUACUUUUUGACUUGUCGAAGUUACAUAGAUAGGCUUUAUUCUCGCCUCACUAAUAGAAAGUAGCUAACU